CGAAAUACAAGAAUUUGACAGUUCCUCCUCCUCCUUCUUUACACCUUGCAAUCCGAAGAAGCGGAGCAGAGAUGACGAGGAGGGUGAGGUCUUGGGUCGGCCAAAGCUUAUGAGGAAGGAAGAGCCCAAGGGCAAGGAAAAGGAGGCAAUUUUGAACCCUAGAAAGAGACGAGGCUCUCUACUAGGCCCAGAAAUGGGUUUCACACCAGAUGAUCAAUCGAUGAUGCCAGAUAUUCAUGGUGCACAAUCCUCCAUCUUCAACCAGCAUGACGUGUCUGCGAAUCAUUGCCCAGCCGAUACUUCUGCGGCAGAUAACACGUUGGUGGCCCAAGUCAGUGACAUCUCUACCAGACCAAUUUGCAAGAUGAAGGCAAGACUCGCUUCAGAUACUGAAGUCAAGUACCCAUCGGUCUCUUAUGACAAUGGUGGGGAGGGUAGUUCUCGUAAUCCUUCUGUAUAUGAUAACAAUGGCUACCAGCAGCAAAGUGGCGUUUCUCAAGUUCAAGGCUACAACCACCCCCAAGAAGAUUGGACUGGCUAUCAGGCCUCGUACGACGAUGAGUUCUCUGAUGAGUACUCUGACGAACAAGAUAUGCAGCAACAGGGCUAUAACAGUGCCUACAGCGGCGAUCCCAGUGAAGCAUACGACCUCAACAGUCAACGACAUCAAUCGGACCAUGAAUCUACUACGUUCACCUGGAGUGAGGUUGCAAAGCUGGUUCAAGACAGCAUAGCUGAUACGGCUGCGACGAAGAAUGAUGAGAUUUUUUUUCUACGCCAACAAGCAGCAUCGAACCUGGAGGAACAACGUCAGAUUGACAAAGAAGAGCAUCUUGGUAUCUUGAGCGAAAAGGACGAUACUAUCAACAAGAUCCAAGCAGCCUACCUGGAGCUCGAGGCUUCGAUUCCAGCACAGCUUUUGGAACGCGAGCACGCGACUCGUUCCAUCUGCGAGACUCAGUACGAGACCAGGAGACAGGGAUGGCUGAAUACAGUCGGCACCAAGGACGCCCGGAUUCAGGAACUGGAGGGUCAGCUGCGCCAACUUGCCAAUGCUCCUCCUCCACAGGCCCGGAUAGAAAUUGAAGAAGACCCACAACUUGCUGCUCUUCAGGCAGAGACUACUACAUACGAGGCUGAGGACGUUAACAAAGUACAGAAAGAGGCAGGGUACAAAUUGAAGGCGAAGAAGGCUGCUGACGAUCUCAAGAAGGCCUUAGAGCUUAUAAGGACCCUGACAGAGGAGAAAGCUGAGCUUGAGAGCUCAAAGAAAAAUUUGGAAGAGUCGGUCGAGAAGUUGACAACUGAGAAACAAGAGCUGACACAGAAGCUUGAGCGUUCUGACUCUGUCGUGGUGAGCUUCCAAGAUAAAAACAGCCUCGCACAAGGGAAUGUUUCAGCACGGGAGAGGCAGAUUCACGAUACUCAUGCGAAUUCCCCUGACAUGGAGGUACGGUUGCAUGAGAUAGUGGAUGAGAUCAAAACUCCGAAAGAGAGUGCGGAUGAUUUCACAAAUCUCAGAAUGAAGCUCAGAAAGAGUGAGGAUAAAAUCAAAUCACUGAAGCCGGAAGCACGUAACCUUCCCGAUAUCACUAAUACUCUCGAAACGAGCAAGCAGAAAAUCUCUUGUUUGGAGACUUCUGCCAUUACUACCCAGGAUUUCCAAGUUAACGAUCAGAAGCUCUCAGUGCUGGAACCUACUGCAAUGACGAGCAACCAUUUUCAACUCAAUAUGGGGAUAUUCACUGUUCCUCAAGCUGCUUCCAGAAAGCCUAUCCGCCGCACCCCCCGCCUCUCUCAUCUGAGAGCUAUCCAUGGUCCUUCCAACACACCGCUCAGCCAACAGCCUCUCCCCACUAAGACUAGUCACGACGUUCCAGUUACUGCAGUCAAGACACCAUCUAGACCAUCUUUGGUGGUGGCAGCGGAAAAAGAUCAACCUCGUCGCUUGAUCUGCAACCUCCAGUUGACUCGAGAGAACACUGACCUGAAGGAUGCGAAUUCUCAACUAAGCAAAGAGAUCCGAAAGACCGAAGAGCAAAAGGCAAAUGCCGAAGCCAGUCUCAGUAGUGUGACCGCAAAAUUCCAUGCCCAGGGACAGGAGCUGUUACGAGUUGCCAAGAUUAAGGACAUAAUGGCUCGACUCUUGGUACUUGGUAGUGUCUUUUUACUCUUCACAUUUCUCUGUAUCCCUCAUCAAAUUUCCAACCCUCCCAACCCAGGUCAACAAAAGAACGCUUCUAUCAUCGGAGUCUCACCUCCUAGAACUGAGGUCCUGACCAAGAUCUACACUCUUCGGGAAAGCGAGAAGACUGAUACUCUCCAGUUCGAAGACAUCUAUCCUGAAUACAUCUAUGGAAUUCCAGAUGGAGGAGAAAAUAAUGCAGAGAGUAUUCGAGUUAGCGAAAUCUACCAAGAAUAUCUGGCCGUCAUGAACGACAGGGCUUCUCGUCGUACCUUCCCAAAUCCAACAAUCUCAUAUCCUGAACAGCCAUCGCCUGCCCAGAAGCACAACAUUUACGAUGUACCUCCGAUGGAGGAGAAAUAUCCGAUAGCCCCGCUGUCAUUCGCGGAGCCAAGUACAAGACUCGACAAGUCUGGAUUCCAAGUCUGUCUCGAGGAGCUCGCGAAAAUUAUAUUCGCUUGCCUAAUAAUUUGUGGGUUUUUUGGUUCCAUUGGUCUCGUGAUCGAGGUCCAGAACUGGAUCGAGCGAUGCAAGGAGAGAAUGGCAGAUAUGAAGUCAUGCCGUCUGGCUCAAGUUCAAAGAAUUGAGCUGGGACUAGAAGGAUAGGGUAACCUGUACUGCAAUGCACUUUCUCCGUCGAUGGUGAACGUAGAAUCGAUAUUGUUCUUGGAGUAUGGAGAAGCAGCGACAGGAGUUUCGGUCAUGGUAAAUACAGUGCGGUACUCCUACGAGAGCUUUGUAUAUCAGGACAAUCGCGGAAUCCAAGGCAAGAGUCAAAGGGUAACACUGUAUGGAGUGCUUUCUCAUUUGUCAUUUUAGUUUGGUCUUUACUUUUCCAUGUUGUGUUUUCAUGAGGUUGUAUCUUUUGUGUCAAUGUCAGAGCUUACCUUUGGAACACGUGCGUCGCGUUUAGGGUCUACUGAGAGGACGGACUUAGUCAUACGGUCAGCUAAGCUACGGAUUAUGCCGAUUGUUGCAGAGCUAUGUCAGAGGAAAGCCUGGGAGCAGGAUGUUUUGGAUGAUCAUUUAUUCGGUACUGUCUCUCAGCAGCUAACCUCUGGGCUACAUUGGUAGACAAACAGGUUGUGUUCUCGGAUCUUGGUCGUGGGCAGGACUAUGGCAAGGGAUUCUCAGUACUGUCGCAUGGUCAGCUAGCAUGUUGCUAUGCGGAUAGUUGGACGCUCUGAGAGCCUUGGGAGAUCAAAGAGUGAAAGUCCAAGCUGAUUUUGGAAUAAAAUUGGCUUAUAUCAGUGGGAUUCUCAAACGACUAGCUACCCCGCUGGCUCAUGUCGAUAGUUAAGCAGUUGCAAAUAGACCUCCCGAAUCAUGCACUACUCCAAACUCCCCUAGGCUACUUGCUUGAUACCGGUUUAUUAGCGAACAUUAUGGAACACUUGUGCAAGUGCUAUGUUUUGAGCAGCUCCACUUACAUUCCGGUCGUUUAAUCUAUCCCAACUACCCGCAACGUGAACUUAAACUGGUCACAAAACGGCGAUCCACCUUAUACAGUGAAUCAAAGAUGACUCGGUUUAUAGACGACUCCUCAGAGUACCAUCUCGGCUCCAUCAACAUUAUUAGUGCUAGCUAUUUUAGCUGGCUUCGACUGAAAACUUCUCAACAAGUCGUUGCUCGACUAGAUCCAGACUCACUUCAGUUACGUCAUGAUCGAUUGGCAUAGCCAUCAUUAAUGAAUAAUCAGGUUCUCACCUUUAGUCAC